AUGUCUGCGACUAGCCAGCCGUCAGUCGUUCGUCGCCCGCAGGCUCGGAAAAGGGUCAAUGACGAUGCAUCGUACUUUGGGCCUCCAGGAGCGUUGAAGAGACAAGCUGUAGAACGCGUCGAUGGUGAACCCAGGAUGAAGAGAAAACGGAUCGAACCAGUCCUCAGAGAUCCUAUGGACACGGAGAACAGAAUAUCUUUCGUGCGAACUCCUACCCGUUUCCAGUUUACGUUCCCGCUGAUUGUUUUCCAGGUGGAGUUUGACAAGAUGCCAAUGACAGUGAUAUACAAAUACCUUACACAUUUCGACAUAAUACCAGCGAUAUAUCCUUCGCCUCUCAGGGCAGACGACCCGUCACCACCUUCUGUGCUGAAUCUGCCACCUCAUCAGCCUUCGCGGCCGUCAAGUCCACCACUCGCUGCAACGCCUGCAAACAGACCACGUAGGGACCCCAAAGAGCUGCCUAAUAGGCAGAAGCAUUUUAGAGACACGUUGGUUAUUACGGGCAGGGAGGAGGUCGACACCUUGGCGUCGUUUAUGUGUGCUGUGGAGAAAACGAAGGGAGGGAAGCUCUUUUGCAAGCCGGUCUCCCCGGUCCCAACAUCAGAUACACCACGAAAUCCCCGAACGACUUUCCCCAAGUUGCUUCCACGCGGUGUCAAAAGCAAUGUUGAUGGCGUCGAGGCUACUAGCGCUGGUGAUUCAUUGCAACUGAGGAGACAACUAUUCGUACUAAGUACCUGGUCAAGUUUACCCACAUUCGGCAUGAUUGAUGUGCCUUCUGGUGCAGGUCAAGGAACUCCGAGUUGUCCGAGUGAUGUGCAGUGCCCAGCGUUGGCCAAUGAGAAUCGGUUUCUCGUUGCAGUUACCACUGGCGUCUCCAUGUCGUUUUCCAUUGGACGAACCAAUGAGAACAAGCAGCGGCCAGAUGCAAUGUUGGAUCCGGGGACAAUGGGCCAGCGGCUGUUUUUUAUUUGUUGCACACCGAACAGGAGUAAUUUUCCCAUUGAAAAGAGGACAAAGCUCGAGGUGAAAGCUAUAAUUGGCCUCUUCCAUUGA